GUUUGUUGCUUGCGGUUGACCGUCGUUUGCGCCACACCCACGGCUCCGGGCGCGGCGCAGCUCGCUCCCGGCGGUCUGGGGGCUGCGGGCGUACUCUCGGCGGCGCGCGACGGCGGAUGAAGCCGUCCGUGGGCUGCCCGUCGCACCAACGUUUACGAACUUGCCGGGGCAGCAAGCUGGUGCGGCGCGCGAGCGAGCCGGCCGUGGGCAUUUCGUUGCUCGCUGCCGAACGGCUCGUCGGCCGCAGGCAUGGCUGGCGGGAGCGCUUCGUUGAUUGCUAGUGUCUUACUGGAGCUAUGGGCUCGACAACACCGACGCCGCGCGCGCCUGCUUGCGGAUCUGCGAAGCCUCGCUCUGUGCUGCUUUAGCGCAUCACUCCCACACGAGUCGCCGUUUCAACUCCUGAAACGCUGCGACUGCAUACGUUUUUCAGCCCUCAUCCCUGCUGCUCAUCAUUUCAGCAGCACACACAGCGAAGGCGCCCUCGAGAGAAGAUGUCGGAGCCCUUCGUCGGCAGAAGAGUAGAAAUCACGGGCACGAGCCGCGCCGACCUGAAUGGCAAGCGCGGCACCGCUAUCAGUUUCGACACGGACAAAGGGAGGUACCGCGUCCGCGUCCGCGGCAGCGACAUGUACCUCAAACCGAGCAACCUGCUCCCCGUGCCGGAGACGGGCGCGCCCUCGAGCUUUGCGGACGUCAGGGACCAGGCCGAGCAGUACGCCGACGAAUUCAUGAGUCGUUUAAAAGACGUGCUGCCUCCCGGCUUCGCCCCCCGCGACGCCCUCUUCGCCAUCGUGGGCUUCGCGCUGCUCUGGCGAACGGCGGGCCUGGUGCGUGCUGCGGCUGUAUUGCUCGUCACGGUCUUAGCUCUCUUCUCCGGCGCGCGGGAGGCCUACGCCAAAGCCGGCGGCGGCGUCAAGGGCGCCAGGGCCGGUUUUGACGCGGCCGGCACCUUCGCGGCGAAGGAGGUGUCGCGGCGGGCGGGCCGGCCCAUCACCUCGAAGCAGGCAUGGGUAGGCCUGGCCUUGUUAGUAUUGCUGGCGUACCAGUUCGGAGGCAAGGCGGCGCCGCGGCGGUCUACCUACAAGCCACCGCGGAGCGCCUACGAGCCGUCCGGGGGCUCAUCGUGCGCCGACGCCUACCGGCGGGGCUUCGACGACGCCACGGCGGGCCGAAAAUACGACGCGGACGCCGGCGGCGAGGCGUACGACGAUGAGCCCGAGGCGGGCCACGAGCCGUCGGGUGGCAUGGGUUCGGCGCUGCUGAGCAAGGGCCUGCCACUCUUCUUCUUCGGCAAGCAGGUCCACCAGCUCGGCGGGAGCCCGUGGAACCCGCAGGUCGCUCAGAGGAACUUCAUGGCCCUCGACCCGAUGCGCAAGGCCAUGUUUGGCUUCCUGGUCCUGCGGCUCCUCGGCCUGUCGCCGCUCUAGUACUUGAGGCCGUUCGGGCUCCGCGCAGGACGGUACCGGUGUGACUGAUAGUAAAAU